AGUACUGCGGCUGAAACGACGGCGCAGCCAAUAGGAGAAGAGCGUCUCUUCUCACAUGCAAAGCUGCAUUCAUUUACAGCCGCUGUCUUUACGAUUAACACUUCUUAAUGGGUUUUGUUUUCUAGGUGUCCUUGAUCACAUUUUAAGUAAAUAAAUACGUUGGGAAAAAAAGGUGUGGGGAAAUGAAAAAAAUGAAUUCCAUGGCUCUCGUGUUACUGGUUGUCUACGGAGUGAUGUGCAGUCAGAUCCUUCCAGCGUUUUCCAGCAUCCGACUGAAUAACAGACCCAUCAUAGGUAUUCUGGCACAAGAAAACAGACUUCGUGACCCGCAACCCCAAGGAACGUCCUAUAUUGCAGCCUCAUAUGUGAAGUACUUGGAGGCAGCUGGAGCCAGAGUGGUCCCCAUCAGAAUAAAUCUUACUGAUGCAGAGUAUGAAAAGCUCUUCUAUUCUAUAAAUGGACUCUUACUACCAGGAGGUGAGGUGGAUCUUGAAACGUCCCAGUAUGCCAGGAUAGCCAAGAUAUUCUACAACUUGGCAGUGAAGGCUAAUGAUGAUUCUGAUUACUUUCCUAUUUGGGGCAUCUGUCUAGGAUUUGAACAAUUAACUGUACUCACCAGUGGCAUAAAUGUGCUGACCAAAACGAAAACGCAAGGUGUGGGGAUGCCACUGUCUUUCACCUCAGAUGCCAUGGAAAGCCGGCUCUUUGGAUUUUUUCCUGAGGAUCUCAUGCAGGCCUUGGCCACAGAAGAUAUUACAGCCAACUAUCACGAGUGGAGUCUGUCUGUACAGAACUAUACAGCUAAUGCAAAACUGAUGAAUUUCUAUAAGAUUUUGUCCACUAAUACAGAUGGAAAGAUAGAGUUUAUCUCCACAAUGGAGGCCUUCAAAUAUCCCUUUUAUGGGAUGCAGUGGCAUCCGGAGAAGAAUGCUUUUGAGUGGGUGGACAAGUCUGGAAUGUCUCAUUCCCCUUCUGCUCUAAAGGCAGCGUUUUACACUGCUGACUUCUUUGUUAAUGAAGCAAAGAAGAAUUUCCACUACUUUGAAGACGAAGAAGAUGAGUCGAAAGCCUUGAUUUAUAACUACUGUCCAGUAUUCAAAGGGCAAGAUUCCAUAUUUAUACAGAAUUAUUACUUUGAUUAAUUAUCUGCAUUUUGCCUUUCAAACUUUGCUCUGGGGCACCCUAUGAAUGGCGCGUUUCUUUUUUAUUUCUCUCCCUUUUUCCACUUUUCAGUGGCCAAUUCCUGCUUUUUAACGAUUUUCCUUGAUCCUCUGAUUUCCUGUUCCUAUGUUUCCUUCAGAAAGAUACAACUGUUUUCUUUUAUACAAACAUUUUAGCAAAGCAGUGUAAUUUUACACAUACUUUUUUCUUUUGUAUAAGGUUCACUUUUAUAGUUUUAAAAAGUGUAUUGUAUAUAUGUGAGAAUUAAUUUACAAUUGCCUGGUUUCUGUUAUGACAGAAGAUGCCUUUCAGCAUUUCUUAGAAGAGACGCACUUGGGUGUAUUUACCCACAAUGCAACACUCAACAAACUGAGAUCGCUGUUGUAAACAAGGAAAAUCAAAUUAAUGCAGGAAUCGGUUUGCCUUAAGUUAAUCUCCAUAGAAGUAAGCAGUCUAUUUAUUUCCCAAGGCUAAUGCAGUGUGCCUCUGUGCUUCAGGAUAUUUAAUCCGCAUUUUUGACAUCCACUACUAACAUGCGCAUUUCAGGUCCUGCUUUCGUAAUAUUCGCUGCGUCUAUGGGAAGCCUGUGGAUUUGCUUCAAACGUGAAUAGCUAUAGGGCUGCACAGUUUAUUUUAGCUUGCUACGUAUUCAAUGUAAUGUUUGUAAACUGAGUAUUUUAUUUUCUAUGAAAACUGUAAAAAGCAGAGGUAGAUAAUAAUGCAUCUUUAGUUUGAUUUAGUAUGUAAUGAAAAUGAAGACUGUAGACAUUGAAGUAACAGUGUCAGAUGUACUAAUUAAUGUCAGUGGAGCCAAAUUCAGCUGAUGCCUUUAAAUGACCCAAAAACUGACAGACCACACGCAAAAUCCUGGUAAAGGACCCGUUCAGUUCCUGCUCAUUUUAGGUGCUUGUUGCCUGUAGUCUUGUAUUCAAAAAGUGAAAUGCAUGCUUGGUCGGAUUUAGGUAGGGUGAUAGACUCCAUGUUUUGGUCUCGUAGAGCCCUUUGGUUGCUUUGGGUCUUCAUCCUGCUGCAGUAUCAACACCAUCCAUUGAGCUAUGACACAUUCUGUUGAAUCUGAGCAGACAUCUGUGCGUCAUCGUCUUGGUCUCAUCAGUGAAGUACAAGGGAGUGAGUCGUAGUGGCCGACUUAGUGUACAUACCCGAUCCAGAACGCUACAGUAGCUCCACCAUGUUUCACAAAGGAGAUGGUAUUCUUAGAACUCAUUUUCAAAUGCUCUGAAUGGGAGAAUCACUAUACAGUAUACAUAAAAUGUAUUAUCAUUUCUCUCUCAGACUCCCUCUACCACAAGUAGAUUUUCCAUCUCAUUUCUCUGUUCUGAAACUGUAUAGGGUUUUUGACAUAUUCCCUAAAAUGUUAUCUGGCGUUUCUGUUCGAAAGGCUUGUGGUGAACCCUCAGAAUCUAUGUUCAUGUCACAUUGGACACAGCCACACGUACAUCCUGGUGAGUGAGUUUGAUGUGGCUGAGGGUUGAAAGAGGUUUUCCUUUACAAAUCAAAGUAUUCUUCUAUAAUCCACUGAAGUAGUCUUCCCUUGGUCUACCGGUGCUGACGUUUUUACGAUAUGGAUGUUUCUCUGAUUUUUCAGCCUCACGAUUGCCUACGUUAUUAGCAUUAAGAUUUGUUUGGUCCUCCUAUUGAGUGUCAACAACAGAUUCCAAAUGAGAAUGCCAUAACCACACUUAGCGUCGCCUUGUGAGCCUUUUAUUAGAUUUGGACGAUGCAGUAACACACACCUGGCCAAGGAACAGCUAAGCAGCCAAUACUUCAGUUAACUUUUAAAAUUGGAGGACUACAUGCUCUUUAAGGAUCUGUGCAAGUUCUUUAUAAUUCACCCAAUUAUUUAGGUAAAAUUCCUUGAAUUAAUGCUGAAAGUCUACACUAGAAGCUCACAUUUUUGUUUCAUUUCAAUACCAGUAUGCCUGGGCAGAGAGCCACACUAGUAAUACUUGUAACCUCUCUAGUCACCUCAUGUUUUAAAAUUUAUGUUGACAAAGCUACGGUAUUUCUGAAUGGCUUCAUGCUUAUAAGCAAUAAAACAAAAAUUGCAAGUUAAGAAAUGCUGCGCUCUAUAUUUUUAUUACAAUUACUAACAUAUUUUGCUGCCACUAUAAAGCAGCCUGAUUAUGAUUAUGAUUAAGAGGGCGUGUGGCAGUGUCUGUGUCUUCGAGUUCCUGCCUUGCACUGAACGGUACUCUGGGAAAGGCUCUGGCUCCCUGCAAUCGUGAACUGGACAGACGGGUUAAGAAAAUAGAAGGAUUAUUUCAAUCACCCCAUCCGUUUUCCAAGCCUGCUUAUCCAGCAGAGUUGCCUACAGCCACUGCCUAUCCCAGCAUUGAAAAUACUAAAAUUGACACAGACCUUGGUUCAGUGUCAAUUUUAGUGUUUAGUGGGUCCUCCCUGUGUGGAGAGCACUAGGAGUAGUGACAAAAACACUAUAUAAAUGUAAAGAAUUAUUAUUAACUCUGAAUAGGUCAGUUUUUUCCCAGUAGCUGUGCGGGUCCCCUACAACGGACUGGUGUCUUGGCCAGAGUUGGUUGCUGCUUGACAUCAGUGACCCAAUAGGGCACAGGUUUGCUUAAAUCCCCAAGUUGAUUACUUUUAAAACAUGUUAAAACCUUCAUGUGAGAGAUUUCUGCUUUGAGUGUCGGUUGUCACAAUUUUUCCUUUCUUUUCAAAAAAAGAGUAGUUUAUUGUGCAGUUGAUCGCUUCAAGAGGACAAAUACCUGCAAAUAGAAUUUGCCAAGUACAUACCAUCAACCUUUAUUACUUUGUAUAUUAACACACAAUGGCAUGAAAAGCAAAUCCUAGUAUUAAAAUGUACAAGGUGAUGGAGAAGACGCCAAUACCAAAUGCGUAAGUCUGGAGUUAUGCUUAUGUAUUACAUUCCUGUGAAAACAUUACAAAAGCCACAUGCAAUAUGAAGUGUAUUUGUGUUCUGCAUGUUAAAAGUUGCCAAUAUUCUGUGUUGUAAAUAUGCACUCAAAUAUUAAAAAUGAAUUUAUCUGCCAAAUUAAGAAA